AUGAACAACGAAAGCGGACCUUCAACAACGAGUGACGAUGAGUUAAAACUUAAAUUUAUUCCAGGACCUUUAGCUGCAAUUCUUGGUUCUGUUUAUUGCCUUGUUAUUUUAUGCAUCUUACUUGUUAUUCCCAUACUUCAAUUAGCAAUUGGUGCAUCAUUUCAAAAUCAAUGUCCAGUUAGUCCAAAUAUUCCCACAUAUCUCAUUGUAUCAGGUGCAUGUGGUAUUGCAACUAUAGUCCUUACCAUAAUUAUAACACUUGCAUUUAUACUGUGUAUUAAACGAGGUACUGCUGGAGCAUCUAUUGUUAGUGGAUGUAUUAUUGGUUUGGUAUGUUUAAUUUUAUUUUUAAUGAGUUUUUUCUUAUUUGCUUGGUUCAUUGUGGGUAAUGUAUGGGUAUUUAGCGUACAUAGUAAAGUUGAUUUGGAUAAUCCAUUCUCACCUAAUUAUUGUCAACGAACAUUGUAUCAAUUUGCUUUCACAAUAAUAAUUAUGACUUACGUUAUGAGUGUCAUAAGUUGCUGUUGCUCAUGCUUUCGUAGUUGCUGUGAAGUUGGAAAAGCACUAAAAACAUGA